UCUGCGCGCUCCAAGUUCGGCGCCCUUCCCGCAGCUGCCUGGAGCGAACCGCAGACAGUCUGGUCCAGGCGGGAUGCUAGCAUCAAAGGGGCCGUUGCCAUGGCUGCAGCCGCAUCCUUCGCUGCAUCCGCUAGAUGCUCAUCCCAUUAUGGUCUUCUGCUCUUCUUCCAGGGUCCUUUUGCACCUUAAAAAAGAUGUCUCACCAGAAAAAGCAGCCCACUCCCUGCUUCCCAGUUAGUUGUGGGAAGACCUCUGGCGGUGGGGGCGGCGGUGGGGGCGGCGGCGGCGGCGGCGGCGGCUGCGGCUCGGGUUGCGGAGGCGGCGGCGGCUCCAGCUGCGGAGGCGGCGGCGGCGGCGGCUCCGGAGGGGGCGUCAAGUACUACGGUGGAGGCGGCUCCUCCGGUGGCGGCGGCUCCUACUGCGGCGGAGGCUCCUCCGGUGGCGGCGGCUCCUACUGCGGCGGAGGCUCCUCCGGUGGCGGCGGCUCCUACUGCGGCGGCGGCUCCUCCGGGGGAGGCGGUGGUAGUUCCGGAGGCUGCGGCGGCUCCGGUGGCGGAGUCAAGUAUUCCGGUGGCGGUGGCGGUGGCGGAGGCUGCGGCGGAGGUUCCUCCGGUGGCGGCGGCGGCUCCUAUUGCGGCGGAGGCUCCUCCGGUGGCGGUGGCGGCUCCUACUGCGGCGGAGGCGGCUCCUCCGGUGGCGGCGGCGGCUCCUACUGCGGCGGAGGCGGCUCCGGGGGAAGCAAGCACUCCGGUGGCGGAGGCGGCGGCGGCUCCAGUUGUGGCGGUGGCUCCUCCGGUGGCGGCGGAGGCUCCUAUUGCGGCGGAGGCUCCUCCGGUGGCGGCGGCUCCUAUUGCGGCGGAGGCUCCUCCGGUGGCGGCGGAGGCUCCUAUUGCGGCGGAGGCUCCUCCGGUGGCGGCGGCGGCUCCGUGCCCCAGUACCAGUGCCAGAGCUACGGAGGCGGAUCUAGCGGCGGCGGCGGCGGCUCCGGUUGCGGCGGUGGAUCUUCAGGAGGCGGCGGCGGCGGCUGCGGCGGCGGCGGCUAUUCCGGUGGCGGCGGCGGCUCCUAUUGCGGCGGCGGAGGCUCCUCCGGGGGCGGCGGCGGCUCCGGCUGCGGCGGGGGCGGCUCCUCCGGGGGCGGCGGGGGCGGUUACUACUCGCAGCAGACCACCCAGAGCUCCUGCGCCCCCCAGCAGAGCUGCGGCGGCGGCUCCUCCGGUGGCGGCGGCGGCGGCGGCUGCGGCGGAGGUUCCUCCGGUGGCGGCGGCUCCUACUGCGGCGGAGGCUCCUCCGGUGGCGGCGGCUCCUACUGCGGCGGAGGCUCCUCCGGUGGCGGCGGCUCCUACUGCGGCGGAGGCUCCUCCGGUGGCGGCGGCUGCGGCGGAGGCUCCUCCGGUGGCGGCGGCUCCCACUGCGGCGGCGGCUCCUCCGGGGGCGGCGGGGGCUCCAGCUGCGGCGGCGGCUCUGGCGGCGGCUCUGGCGGUGGCAAAGGCGUCCCUGUCUGCCACCAGACCCAGCAGAAGCAGGCCCCUACCUGGCCAUGCAAAUAAGGCCACCGGGACACCGCGGAGAGCCGGCAGCUGGAGGUGGCGGUGGACUCCGCGGGCGCCGAUGGGCUUAGCGCUCUCAUGAGAUUGUCCAAAGUUUCCAAUUCCUUCUCGUCUCUAAAGGAAGCCACCGGGCUGCAUCUUUGCGCCGACCUUCCUCCCUCUUGGUUUCUGGGCACUACCUCCCAACCCCGGAGCCUCCCCAGUGAAUAAAGUGGCAAUUCAUGAGCA